AUGUCUAUUCCCCAUUACCUUUGGGGGCAUGCUGUUCUGUCUGCUGCCUAUUUGAUUAAUCGUAGCCGGGUUCUUGAUUUCAAGACUCCGCAUGAUGUGUUUGGUGACCAUGUUUCCCCUGUCUCCGUUUCCAAGUUGCCCCCUAAAGUUUUUGGGUGUGUUGCUUAUGUUCAUGUCUAUUCUCAUCAACGGAGUAAACUUGAUCCUUGCGCUCUGCGAUGUGUCUUUAUUGGUUAUUCUUCUACUCAUAAGGGUUAUAAGUGUUAUCAUCCACCUACCCAGAAGGUGCAUGUUACUUUGGAUGUGACUUUCCAUGAAGAAGUGCCUUAUUAUGUAUCUCCCUCCUCUCCAAUUCAGGGGGAGAGGGGGAGUGAAUUGAAGAGUUUCGGAGUGAAAAAUAUGGAAGAUGUUGGACCUGAAGAAGGAAUUUCUGAAGAACAUGAAGAAGGAUUUUUUGAAGAACAGGAAGCGACCGGUCGCAUGGAGGAAGCGACCGGUCGUGAACGAAUCUGCCUAGAUACGACCGGUCGCAUAGAAAGACAAAUUAUGGAGCUCUUGGAUUUGGAGCAAGGUAUUUUGAGUGUGGCUGAGUGCAUAGAGAGGCCAAAGACUUAUGAGGAAACAAUAGUUGUUGUAUCAACACUGGAACGAGACGAGGCCAACCACAAGAGGAAGCUCGAAGCACUAGAAAGUACAAGUUGGACAAAGAAGAUCGAGGAGAAGAAGAAAGUGAAGGAAGCUAAAGAAAAGCGAAAGAAGAAGAUUGGAACCCAUCACUUGUUGUCUUUGUGGGAGCAUUGGACAUCUUCAACAUUUGUAUCCAUUUAG